AUGCGCCACUGUGAUCUUAAAAACCUUGUUUCUAAGGUUUUAGACAUGGGUUUUGUGUUGGAAUCCAGAAUGAGGACACCGGGGUUGCUUAGAACGUCCGAGGAGAAGCUAAAACUUGGAAUUCAGUUUUUCAUGAAUAACAUGAAGUUUGAUAAGACAGUGUUAGUUCGUAAUCCAACAUGUUUAAUGCACAGCAUGAAGGAAAGAGUGAUCCCUCGGUACAGAGUUUUGCAGAUUAUUGCCUCAAAUAGGCUGUUGAAGAAACAGCCUAGUUUUAUUACUCUACUGAUGUUACCAGAGGUGGAGUUCUUGGAGAAGUUUAUAUCAAGGUUUAUAGAUGAUGCUGAGCAGUUGUUGAUGGCUUAUAAUGGCCAUGUUUUGGAUUUUUGUGAAUAA